GGGGUCGGAGCCCGAGCCGGCCCGGCCGGUGCUGAGGGGCCAUGAACGGGGCCGUGGUGCGGCGCACGCAGGAGUCGCUGGGGCGGGUGAUCCGCAAACCGCCCCUCACCGACCGGCUGCUCAGCAAGCCCCCCUUCCGCUACCUGCACGACGUGAUCGGCGAGGUAAUUAGAGUGACUGGUUUUAUGAAUGGGCUUUACACAGAUUUUGAGAUGAAAUCUGAUAAUGUUAAGGAUAAAGAUGCCAAAAUCAGCUUUCUCCAGAAGGCUAUUGAUGUUGUCAUAAUGGUAACAGGGGAGCCAUUGUCAGUGAAGCCGGCACGUAUUGUAGCUGGACAUGAACCUGAAAGAACCAAUGAGUUUCUCCAAGCAAUUGGAAAAUGCUGUCUCAAUAAGUUGUCCAGUGAUGAUGCUGUGAAGAAGGUGCUUGCUGGGGAGAAAGCUGAUAUGAAAGGAAAGCCUCCAUCUACUUCUAAAUCUCAAGAUAAAGAAAACAGAGAAUCCAGGGCAGAAGAACAAAAAAGCCAUAAGGAUAAAGAGGGUAGAGGGGACAAUGAAAUAAAAGAUAGAAGUACAAGCCGGGACAGAAAACCUAGAGAAGAGUUGAAAGAAGAAGAAAAGAAACAAAAAGAAAAGGAGAGAGACAAGCAUAAAGAUAAUGAGGACAGGCACAAAGACCUUGAAGCGGACAAUUUUAGAGAAGGUGAAAAGCAUGAAAGAGAGAAAAGCAAGAACAGAACCUCCAAACAAGGAAGAGAAACAGAAAAAAGUAGAGACAAAGAAAAAGGAGAUGUGGAACAAGAAAAAGAUCUGGAACAUGAUAAAGGACGGGAGAAGGAAAGAAAAAAUGAAGGAGGAAAAGAAAAGGAAAAAUUGAAAGAAAGGGACAAAGAGAAGGGCAGGGACAAAGACCGUGAGAAAGACAGAGAUAGGGGAAAAGAGAGAGAGAGGGACAGACGAAGGGAACGAGGCAAAGAUGGGGAACACUUGAAAGAACGAGGAACGGAUAAAAAGUCCACAGGAUCUGAGGAUACUUUAGCUAAGAAAACAGAGAGAUCUUCUAAAGACACCAAGACUGAGCCAGAUAAAGAGAGUGGAAGUCCUGCAAGAAUACCAAGGCAGUCUUCAACAAAGGGACCCAGGCAACGAGUCAAACCUGGAGCAGAAGGUGUACUGGAAACGAAUAGUCCUGCAGAUAACGUUUCAGAUGAAAAAGCAGCUAGCAUAUUACAUGCAAAAGCUGAACCUAGACCUGCAAUAAAACACCAAGGAGAAUCUGCCAGUGAUGCAGAAGGAGAAGCUGGAAACCGUGCCUCUGAGAAGACAAUGGUGUCCGAGAAUGGCGACGUAUCUAAUGAUCUUCCACCUCACGUCACCCAAAGAAGACCACCACGUCCCAAUAGUGCAAGGCCAGCUCCCCCCCGGAUAAAACGACAAGAAAGUGCAGAGGUUUUACUUCCAGAGAGGAAUGGCAGUGGUAAACCCGUCUCAAAUGUGAUCAUAGACAAACAGAAUUCUGAUGAUGAAGAUGAUCAGUUUGUAGUGGAGGCAGCACCACAGCUACCUGAAAUGCCAGAAAUGGAAACGGAGCCAAUAGUGGAGCUGGAUGGUGAUGAGAAGCAUGGUGGUCUUGUAAAAAGAAUCUUGGAAACAAAGAGAGAUUAUGAGACAUCGCAACAGUCAAAGUCUACAGAGAAGGAGAAGCCGCUUUUGUCAGAAGCAGCCAGGAGAAAGGAGAAGGACCUAGUAUCAAAAGAAAUAGAGAAGUUUCGUGCAUCUAUUCAGACACUGUGUCGGAGUGCACUUCCUCUUGGGAAAAUCAUGGACUACAUUCAGGAGGACAUGGACUCCAUGAAGAACGAACUGCAAAUGUGGCAGCAUGAGAACAAGCAGCAUGCAGAGGCUCUCCAGAAGGAGCAGAGCAUCACAGACAGCGCUGUGGAGCCCUUAAAAGCAGAGCUGGCUGAGUUGGAACAGUUGAUUAAAGACCAGCAAGACAAGAUUUGUACUGUAAAGGCUAAUAUUUUAAAGAAGGAAGAAAAAAUCCGGAAGAUGGUUCUCAACAUUAACUUAUCUACGAGAAGGUGAAAAGAAGGAUGAACUUAUAUUCUUACCAAAUAAAGACAGAAAAGGGAAAAGAAUGAAGAGAAACUGUACAAAUAAAGCGCCUAAGAACAAUGGCCUAUAAAAUUUCAUAUUAGUUUAUACACAUUACAUUCAAUUUACUUGUGAGGUUGGUAUUAUCCAUGUCAAAUUACAUGAAUUCAGAUAUCUUCUAGAGCUUUUAAAGUAUCUCUUUUAAGUGUCUUUAGACAUAGGCUGCUAUGAUACAGUUAUUUGCUAUUUAUAACCCACUUGCCCUCCCUGACCCCUUUUUAUAACUAUCUUCUGCUCAAGCUUGCCCCUUUUUUCCUACUGUGUACCCAUUUUGGUUACUUUUGGGCAAAAACGGGCUACCAUGAUGUCAUGAAAAAUGGUAUUUAGUACCUUUUUUGCAGAAAGUUCUGAAAUCCCUACAGAUCAGAAUGGUCUGCAAUACUUUCAAUGAUUUACAAGUCCUGAAAAGAAAUCUGUAAAUGCUUUUACAGCUCCAGAAAUAAAAUAUUGUUUAUCAGAUGGCUCCUUAUAUCGUCACAAGGGUGAUGUCAUAUUUCCAUAGCUCUCAAGGAAUUUUAUUAGGGGGCCUAUAAAAUUUAGUACAAGUAUCACCAUGGAAGGGAUCUAAAGUAUUUUAUAUGCACAGGUGUUAAUUCCAUUUUUAUUGCAUACAUUCAUUUGGAAAGGAUUCAUUAAAGUACCCAUUUCCUCCCAAAUGCAUGUUCAUGUACGUUUUUUGUACAUGAAUAAUUCCAAUGAUUUUAGUUAACUGUCGACGUGUUUUCCUGCUGACCUCUCCAGCAUACUGUGUGUAAGGGCCCAGCAUUGCAUGUUCAUGAAUUUGAAAAGCAUAUUCAAAUGUGGCACAAAUUAGAGCCCUGCAACCCGGUCGGGACCCAACUACAAGUGUCGGGUCCAGGUCAGGCGGGAAAACAACCGGACCCUCCUGGGGUCAGGUCUGCUCUCCUCCACUGCUCCUGGGUGCGGUGUUGGCUACAUGCCACCACCUUAAUGCAGUCCAGUGUGAGUGUGCCUGCCAAGGAGUGGCAGGACCUCUCGCUACACCGCAGCAGAGGCGGCGGAUGGCGAGAGCAGGGCAUGCAGCUGAUGGGGAAGGGGUGGAAUGGGGUCAGGUUGGAAAACAAAUCAACCCUCAUGGGUUCUGCUUCGGGCCUAAAAAUUAGGCCUGAUCAGACCUCUAGCACAAGUACAUUGAGCCAAACUUAAUGUGAAAUGCAGAGAAUUCUAGCUUCCUCCAAAGUUUAGACCAUUCUUUCAAGGUUUUAUAAUGUACAAGUACCUCCUCUGUUCCAUUUUUUUAUUGCGUGUAAACUAGAAAACAUUUGUCUGUUAGCAAAUCUGCACUUUGUGGCGUCUUGACCUUUUCAGACACGUUUCUCAAAGGCUACAAAAUGUGACAUUUUAGAUGCUCUUUAUAGGAGAGAGGAAUGGAUGAAUCUCCAUUUUCAACCUUGGUAUGUCACUGUUGAUAGGAAUUUUAAAGAAGCAUUGGGGACUUAAAACUGGUUCAGUACAUCAUUUCAGUUAGCUCUAGACUAGACUGUAACUGAAUUGAUCAAUCUAAAUUGUCUGUAGAACAAGGUUUAUACCAUGUGAGCAUGCACUUGCUGGCUUUAAAUGAUUGAUUCUUUACUCAUUUUUUCUAGAUAGGUUCCUCACUAAUGAGAGUUUUGGGGUGAUGUCUUAGCACAGUUCAGUUUUCUGAGCAGAAUAUUCAUUCUUUAAGGAAUAUUACAAAUAUCACUUCAAAUGUGUAUAAGCAAAAUAAUCCCUUUGAGUAGGAUGCCAUGUUGCUUUCCCUGAAAAGGCUCUAUGAAAAAACUACCAAGACCUCUGAUACAUUGGAGUUAAGGCCUUUCUUUGUAAUCGGUCAAAAAUGUUAAGCUAAAAGAUUAGAUACAAGUCUUUGUUUAUGCUAGAACUAAGCCACCUGUGUUGAUUGGCACUUGGAAGUUAGUCUUAAUUAUACACUCUCAACAGGAUACACCAUCAGAAGUUCUGUUGAUCUUCAGGGUCGUAUGUAAGCCUUGCAUAAAUCUGUAAAUCCGACUAGGACUGUUUGUGAACAAAUAUACUAUGUGUGAGCAAAAAUUUGUACAAAGUAGAAUAUCAAAUUGUAUCAUAAAAUUAUUUUUCUUUUUAUAUAAAAAUCAUUAAAAAUGAUCACCUAUUUUUUUAUGAA